CGCUGUGCGUUCUAGCAGUUGUUCUUAGAUGUUGGCUGUCAACUUCUCUUCCUGAGUAGGCGCGUGCACAAAAAGUCUUGGAGACCGCCAGUGUAUUGCUUAAAAGCAUGUCUGUUCGCGGCGGAAACAGAACUCUGGUACUCGGGCAGCUUAGUACGGUCUCUUUAAAUGCCUAACUCAAGAUUCUUAAAUACGCUUUGUUCAGGCCAGAUGGCCAAAAGAAAGGAAGACAGUUUGCCCUCUCCUGAAACUGCCAAAAGACCGAGACGAGAGCCAGAGGAUUUCGGUAGAGACAGUGACGAGGACGAAUGUUCAGUUUCUUUGACUAAAGGCGGCUCUACUUUGACUGUAGCAGAAGUUGGGAUAAUUGAGAGUAUUCAACUAAGAAACUUCAUGUGCCAUUCGAUGCUUGGGCCCUUCAAGUUCGGUUCUAAUGUCAACUUUGUUGUUGGCAACAAUGGAAGUGGGAAGAGUGCUGUGCUCACAGCUCUCAUUGUCGGGCUUGGUGGAAAAGCAGUCGCUACCAACAGGGGAUCCUCUUUAAAAGGCUUUGUCAAAGAUGGGCAGAGCUCAGCGGAUAUCACAGUCACUUUGAGAAACAGAGGAGAUGAUGCCUAUAGAGCAAAUGUGUAUGGUGACUCCAUAGUUGUGCAGCAGCACAUCAGCAUGGAUGGAAGUCGAUCCUAUAAACUGAAAAGUCAAACAGGUGCUGUGGUUUCUACUAGGAAAGAAGAGCUGAUUGCAGUUCUUGAUCAUUUUAACAUCCAGGUAGAUAAUCCUGUUUCUGUUUUAACACAAGAGAUGAGCAAGCAGUUCUUGCAGUCUAAAAAUGAGGGCGACAAAUACAAACGACUCACUGAACUAAAGCGCCAGUGUUUAGAGAAAGAGGAACGUUUUCAAAGUAUUGCUGGUUUAAGUACAAUGAAGACUAAUUUAGAGUAUUUGAAACAUGAAAUGGCCUGGGCAGUGGUCAAUGAAAUUGAAAAACAGUUGAAUGCUAUCAGAGAUAAUAUCAAAAUUGGAGAAGAUCGUGCUGCUAGACUUGACAGGAAAAUGGAAGAGCAGCAGUUGGAGCGGACCUAUACUUUUCCCAAGAACUGUUGUGGCAGCUGUCUUUUGAAAAAGGUCAAACUUAAUGAAGCAGAAAAAAAAUACAAGGAUAUUCAGGAUAAACUGGAAAAGAUUAGUCAAGAGACAAAUGCACGAGCACCAGAAUGUAUGGCAUUAAAAGCAGAUGUCACUGCUAAGAAAAGGGACUAUAAUGAAGCUGAGGUUUUAUAUAACCGUUCCCUAAAUGAAUAUAAAGCAUUAAAGAAAGAUGACGAGCAGCUUUGUAAAAGAAUUGAGGAACUUAAAAAAAGUGCUGAUCAAUUUUUGGAAACAGAACGGUUGGAAAGGCAAAAAAAAAUAUGUUGGUUAAAAGAGAGAUUAAAGGCCUUUCAGGACCAAGAAAAUUCAGUCAGUCAAGAGAUGGAGCAGUUUCAGCAGGCCACAGAAAAGGGCAGAGAAGAAUACGCCCGGAUUAGGAGAGAAGAAUUAGAUGUGAAGCAUGCACUGAACUAUAAUCAGAGGCAACUGAAAGAAUUAAAAGAUAGUAAAACUGAUCGACUAAAACGAUUUGGUCCUCAUGUUCCAGCUCUUCUGGAAGCAAUAGAUGAUGCUUACCGACGGGGAUAUUUUACCCAUAAACCUGUAGGCCCUUUAGGAGCUUGCAUUCAUCUUCGGGAUCCUGAGCUUGCCUUGGCUGUUGAAUCCUGCUUGAAAGGGCUUCUUCAAGCCUACUGCUGCCAUAAUCAUGCUGAUGAAAGAGUCCUUCAGGCAUUAAUGAAAAGAUUUUAUUCUCCUGGGACCUCACGGCCACAGAUAAUAGUUUCUGAAUUUCAGAAUGAGAUAUAUGAUGUAAGACACAGAGCUGUUCAUCAUCCAGAGUUUCCAACAGUGCUGACAGCAUUAGAAAUAGACAAUGCAGUUGUUGCAAAUAGCCUGAUUGACAUGAGAAACAUAGAGACUGUGCUGCUAAUCAAGAGUAAUGCUGUAGCUCGUGCAGUAAUGCAGUCCCAACAGCCACCCAAAAAUUGUAGAGAAGCUUUUACCGCUGAUGGUGAUCAGGUUUUUGCAGGACGUUACUAUUCAUCAGAAAAUACAAGGCCUAAGUUCCUAAGCAGAGAUGUGGAUUCUGAAAUAAGCAACUUGGAGAAUGAAGUUGAAAAUAAGAGAGCCCAGUUAGUAAAUCUUCAGCAACAUUUAUCUGCCCGUGAAAAGGAUGUUAAACAAAAUGAAGAACUUCUUAAAAGGUGCCAGCUACAUUAUAAAGAGUUAAAGAUGAAAAUAAGAAAAAAUAUUUCUGAAAUUCGGGAACUUGAGAAUAUAGAAGAACACAAAUCUGUAGAUAUUGCAACCUUGGAAGAUGAAGCUCAUGACAAUAAAAUCAAAAUGAAAAUGACUGAGAAACAGAUGGAACAACAAAAAGAAAGUUUGGAGCACUUUAAAAGUCUGAAAAAAGAAGCAGAGAACAAGUAUGAUACAGUUAAAUUGAAAAUUAAUCAACUAUCAGAACUAGCAGAUCCACUUAAGGACGAAUUAAACCUUGCUGAUUCUGAAGUGGAUAACCAGAAACGAGGGAAGAGGCAUUAUGAAGAUAAGCAAAAAGAACACUUGGAUACUUUAAAUAAAAAGAAACGAGAACUGGACAUGAAAGAAAAGGAGCUAGAGGAGAAAAUGUCACAAGCAAGACAGAUCUGCCCGGAAAGGAUAGAAGUAAAAAAAUCUGCAUCAAUGCUAGAUAAAGAAAUUAACCGAUUACGACAGAAGAUACAGGCAGAACAUGCUAGUCAUGGAGAUAGAGAAGAAAUAAUGAGGCAGUACCAGGAAGCAAGAGAAACUUAUCUUGACCUGGAUAAUAAAGUAAGGACUUUAAAAAGGUUUAUUAAAUUACUAGAAGAAAUAAUGACCCACAGAUAUAAAACAUAUCAACAAUUUAGAAGGUGUUUGACUUUACGAUGCAAAUUGUACUUUGACAACUUACUGUCACAACGGGCCUAUUGUGGAAAAAUGAACUUUGACCAUAAGAAUGAAACUCUUGCUAUAUCAGUUCAGCCUGGAGAGGGAAACAAAGCUGCCUUCAAUGACAUGCGAGCGUUGUCUGGCGGCGAACGCUCUUUCUCCACAGUGUGCUUCAUCCUUUCCCUGUGGUCCAUUGCCGAAUCACCUUUCAGAUGCCUGGAUGAGUUUGAUGUCUACAUGGAUAUGGUUAAUAGGAGGAUUGCCAUGGACAUGAUACUUAAGAUGGCAGAUUCUCAGCGUUUUAGACAGUUUAUCUUGCUUACCCCACAAAGUAUGAGUUCACUUCCUUCCAGUAAAUUGAUUAGAAUUCUUCGGAUGUCUGAUCCUGAAAGAGGACAAACUACGUUGCCUUUCCGACCUGUGACUUGGGAAGAUGAGGAUGAGCGGAGCUGAGCUGUGACACGUAGCAUGGCUUGUCCUCGUGGGGACUGUAAGGACAAGAAUGCUGAGCUGUUCAGGAGACAGAAUGAGACUGGGCUGCUCUCAAGAAAAGGACCCAUUGCCUCAGGCCACAGUAAAAUGUGUCAGUAAGCCCAAAAGCCAGGUACAGCCAGGAGGUUACAGCUACUGUUCCUUUCCUUUGAGAAAAGUCAAUUUCACAGUGCUGGUUUUUAAGUCUGUUUGGUUUUGAGGAUUUUGGUUUUUCGUUUUACCGUCCACUUUUAUGGACUCUUAGAAGUAGCAUUUCGUACACGUGUAUGUGUACAUAUCUGCAUAGUUUGGGUUCGUUUCUGUAGUAUUUUGUAAGAAAAUAAAAGUUUGAGUACCGGUUUAUAUUUAGUAUUGCUUUUCCAGAACAUUACAUUCUGUAGCUAAACAAUCAAAAGCAGAAGGGAGGGAUUUCUCGUUACAUAGGAUGGGGUACAAAGGUGGUUUUGGACAAAAACUAGUUUACAGUGGACUUAGUGUCUGGUUUUCAUCCAUUAAUUAGGAGGGACUUACAUAGCACUAUAAGUACACUGUGUAGUUCCUGCCUAUAGGUAAAAUUUUUUUUUUUUUGUACCGGGAAUCGAGCUCAGGACCUUGCACUUGCGCGGCAGGUGCCAGAACCACUGAGCUAAAUCCCCGGCCCUCUGUAGGUAAUUUUUAACCCUGGGGCACAACUGUAGAUCUGGGCUAUAACUUUUAAUUGUUGUAUUUCAUCAAAUUUAAGAUGCUCUCUAUUUAUGAGACACUCUUUUGAAGUCCUGAGGCCGUUACUCUGACACAGUGCGUUCUCAGUCCUUUACUGUCCUCUGUCCAAGUGAGAGCCUGAAACUGGACACAGGACCAAACCAUGACAUAGCUUGUCCACCCUGACCUGUGGCACUCUGGGCGGGUUGAAAAGCCCUUUGUUUGGAGUCCAGGGCUCUCAGGUCCUGGGCUCUGGUGAGAGCAUGCAGGCCAGAGGGACCAUGCUAAGCAGGCAGGGAAGGCUGGGAGGAGAGCAGCAAGUAGCUGGUUGUGUGAGCCAGAGGCCACCCUGGAUGGCGGGCAGGCUCAUGAGAUCAGAGAGAUCAGCUACUGGAGACGCAUCCUGACUUUAGAGAUGCUGAGAGGUGUGCUGCUUAGAAUGACCAGAUACAGUUUAUUGUAAAAAAAAAAAAAAGGAAUUUAUGAACUUUAAAGAAAACAUGAAUAGGACUUCUCAUAUGCUUUGAUACUAGCAUUAGUGUAAAACUUUUUAAAACACAUUGAAUACCAAAAAGUAUUCCUUAAUAUUAUUAGCAAUAAAUAUUAGAAUACGUAUUUAUAAAAUUGAAAAGGAAGUAUUUCAAGACAUACUUUAAGAGAAGGGACAGUUCUCUACUUAUUGAGAAAAAUUGGAUUUUGUUUUUGCUUGGGGAGGGAGUUCAAAUUGCGAUCAGUUGCCAAAUCAGACCAGAAACUCGUACUUUCUAAUGUAAGAAUUUAUGGAAAGAAGCAAAUGUAUGCUGAAUGUUUUCAGCAUUCUCCACUAACCAUACAAUGUCUGAUUUUACAGUUACACUUAAAACUCAUUUGUAUCAAAACUACUUCACAUUCAUGUGCUUUUUCAAAUAAAAACUAUAGAGUUUA